UCAUAGCCUCAGUGUCUUCGAAUACUGCUCAACGCAGCCGAUUAUCACGCAGCCACAACCUACAAAUAACAAAGCCCCCAGAGACAACCCUAGCAAAGCAGGAAUAAGCGGAAGGAGAUGAGCGAAACAACAAGCAAUCCCACCUCUGCUACUAACAACAACAACCAGACUGCAGUGGUUGAUAAAUACAAUGUCGAAACUGCGGAGAUUCUCGCGAACGAGGCUCAGCAUUUGCCAAUCUCGGAGGCGGUGCCCAUAUACGAGCAACUUCUCACUGUAUUUCCCACCGCUGCAAAGUAUUGGAGGCAAUAUUUGGAGGCCCAAAUGGCUGUAAAUAAUGAUGAAGCUACAAAACAAAUAUUUAGCCGGUGUUUGUUGAAUUGCUUUCAAAUUCCUCUUUGGCGAUGCUACAUCCGUUUCAUCAGGAAGGUCAAUGAGAAGAAAGGGGUUGAGGGUCAAGAAGAGACUAGGAAAGCAUUUGAUUUUAUGCUCAAUUUUGUUGGAGCAGACAUAGCAUCCGGGCCUGUAUGGAUGGAAUACAUUGCCUUUUUAAAGUCAUAUCCGGCUCAAACCACACAGGAAGAGUCACAGCGAAUGACAGCUGUGCGGAAAGCAUACCAAAAAGCUAUUGUUACUCCUACUCAUCAUGUUGAACAAUUAUGGAAGGAUUACGAAAAUUUUGAAAAUUCUGUUAGCCGUGCCCUGGCAAAAGGACUGUUAUCGGAAUACCAAUCUAAAUAUAACAGUGCAAAGGCUGUGUAUAGGGAACAGAAGAAAUUUGUUGAUGAAAUUGAUUGGAAUAUGCUUGCUGUGCCACCAACUGGAACUUCCAAGGAAGAAAUGCAAUGGAUGGCAUGGAAAAAGUUUUUAGCAUUUGAAAAAGGAAACCCUCAAAGGAUAGACAGUAAUUCGUCCAACAAACGAAUUUUGUACACGUAUGAGCAGUGUCUGAUGUACUUAUACCAUUAUCCUGACAUAUGGUAUGACUAUGCUACAUGGCAUGCAAGAAAUGGUUCAAUUGAUGCUGCAAUCAAAGUAUUUCAGCGAGCAUCAAAGGCUCUUCCUGAUUCAGACAUGCUAAGGUAUGCUUAUGCUGAGCUGGAGGAAUCACGUGGAGCCAUUCAGCCAGCAAAGAAAAUAUAUGAGAGUCUUUUGGGGGAUGGUGUCAAUGCAACAGCCCUGGUACAUAUACAAUUCAUUCGUUUUCUAAGAAGGACUGAGGGAGUUGAAGCAGCUCGCAAGUAUUUUUUAGAUGCUCGUAAAUCCCCAAACUGCACGUACCAUGUGUUUGUUGCAUAUGCCAUGAUGGCUUUUUGUCUUGACAAGGAUCCAAAGGUUGCACACAACGUUUUUGAAGCUGGGUUGAAAAGAUUUAUGCAUGAACCUGGAUAUAUUCUUGAAUAUGCGGAUUUUUUAUCUCGUUUGAAUGAUGAUAGAAAUAUCCGUGCUUUAUUUGAACGGGCUUUAAGCUCUCUCCCACCGGAUGAAUCUGUGGAGGUUUGGAAACGAUUUACUCAAUUUGAACAAACCUAUGGAGAUCUUGCUAGCAUGUUGAAGGUUGAGCAAAGACGUAAAGAAGCUCUUUCUAGAACAGGUGAAGAUGGCACAACAGCAUUAGAAAGUUCAUUGCAAGAUGUUGUAUCACGGUAUAGUUUUAUGGAUCUUUGGCCAUGCUCCUCAAGGGAUUUGGAUCACUUGGCCCGACAAGAGUGGCUUGCAAAAAAUAUUAAUAAGAAGGUUGAGAAAUCAGCUAUUCUCAAAGGAGUAGGUUCCACAGAAAAGAGUGCCUCAGGUUUUACAACCAACUCCAAUCCAGCUACAAAGGUCUUCUAUCCAGAUACUUCUCAGAUGGUGGUCUACGACCCAAGGCAAAAGCCUGGCACUGGGGCUCUUCCAAGCACAACAGCACCUGUACUUCCUUCCAUUUCUGGCACCCUGUCAAAUCCCAGUGUACCAAUGGUCAGUAGCAGACCAGCCAAUCCACUUGAUGAAAUUCUGAAAUCAACGCCACCUGCAUUGGUAGCAUUUAUAGCAAAUUUGCCUGCUGUAGAGGGUCCAUCACCAGAUGUGGAUGUUGUAUUAUCAAUUUGUUUGCAGAGCAACGUAUCAACAGGCCAAACUGGGCUCUCAACACAGUUGGCAGCAGGUCCUGUUCCCAGCACAAGUGACCUCUCUGGCUCAAGCAAGUCCCAUCCCAUCCCAAGUGGUUCAUCUUUCAAACCAAUGAGAGACAGACAGCCUGGAAAAAGAAAAGAUCUAGACAGGCAAGAGGAUGAUGAAACUGCAACUGCGCAAAGUCUGCCGCUCCCUAGAGAUGUUUUCAAGAUCCGACAAAUUCGGAAAGCUCGAGGAGGUACCACGUCACAAACAGGAUCAGCAUCUUAUGGGAGCGCAUUUUCUGGAGAGCUCUCUGGCAGCACUGGCUAAUUUAUCGUGUUUCUUUUGUUCUUGGUUAGAUAUUUGUUUAGGAAGUAUUGUCUUUAGUUAUUUUUUGUUUAUGUAAAAUGUAAUCCUUAAUUUGUUUGUACUAUAAUUUAACAUCUAUUUUCAUUAUGAGUAAUAAAAUAAAGAUAAAAGUUGUGGAUGUA